AUGAACAUCUUCAAGAAGAUCAAGCCAAUGCCCAACGGCAGCAAACUAUCAGCCACGACUACAACCAGUUCCCCCAUCGCAAACACGCCGACGGUGCUAACCGUCACCGCCGAGCAACAAAAGGACAAAUUCAACGAGUUGAAUGAGAUAGAAUCCAAUAGAAUCAUCGAGGGGCUAAACGACGUCGACUCGAUCUGGACGGUGAGAGCCGCGCUAGAUAAGAAGAACAAGGCACGGAACCGAUAUGCAAACGUGUCACCCUACGACAGAGCCCGGGUCAAGAUACCCGUGGUUGACGACGCCACCUAUUCCGACUACAUCAACGCCUCGUACAUGAGACUUGAAACCAACCGCGGCAGCAUCGCCAACGACUACAUUGCGUGCCAGGGGCCCUUGCCCGCCACGAGAAACCACUUUUGGUCCAUGUGUUUUAGCGAGCUGGAAAAACAGGGCAACGACGUCAUCAUCGUUGUCAUGGUGACACCUUUGAUUGAGCAAGGUAUGGUCAAGUGCGAUCGGUACUGGCCCGCGGCUGGCGAAUCGUGGGAUUUCUCGCAAAAGAACAAGGAGGAAGGCAUCGUUUAUGGCGAGAUGGAGAUUGCAAACGUGCAGGAGACUGUUGACGCCGACGACGACUAUCUUUUAACGCAGUUGGAGUUGAAAGCUGGAGAAAAGACGAAAAAGGUUUAUCAUUUUUACUACUAUAAAUGGGCAGAUGCCAAAGUUCCACCCUCGUUUAAGCCAUUGGCUAAAAUUUCAAACCACGUCGCGCAAGUAAAAAGCUAUAGCGGCAGUGGAUCCCCACCUGUACCCGUUGUACACUGUUCAGCAGGAGUUGGAAGGUCGGGCACUUUUAUGAUUUAUGACCAUUUGUUCAGGGACAGAGAAACAUUCAAGGAGUUGUUGGACUCGGCAGCCGCCGUCAGCAACAAGGACGUUAUCUACAAGGCAGUUGCGCUGUUGCGAUCCAGACGAAUGAUGAUGGUUCAAACAGUCUACCAGUUUCAGUUCUUAUACGAAGUUGCCCGAACUUUUUAUGAGGAGAGAAGCGAAGAUGAAGAAUUCUGCAAUCUGCACAAAUGA